AUGCGCUCCCUCGGAUACUCGAUCCUGGUCUGGGUGCCCGUCGCGGGCGGCGCCGUUUUCGUGCUGGCGGCAGCCGUCAGCCUCGCGAUCAUGUGGCUGCCAGGCCUGUGGGCUCAUUUUGGCACCCUGGGCCUCGAACAGCGGCUCGUCUCCAGCCAGCACGCCCUGUUCGUCGUCGUGUUUGGCCUGCAGAUCGUCCCCUACACGGCCCUUGUCACCAUUUAUCUUUUCGAGCGCUGGAGCGCGGACUACUUCACAGGGGCCGACGAUGGCCUCGUCAGCCAGCCCGGCUGCAUUGUGGGCGCGCUCAUCAUGUCUCACGCCUUCCUGUACUGCAUGGAGGGCGGCCUGCGUGCCACAAUCAAGGCCAGCUGGCUGCUGCUGCUGCACCACACCCUAUUCUUCGUGCUGCUGGCCAGUGGGUUGUGGGUGGGCCCCUCUAUGCUGAUGGUCGAGGCCACCGUCAUCCUUGACCUGGGGGCAGUGCAUGAGCUGCCGCUGUACUUCGCGCUCAGCAGCAGCGCGCGUCUGGUCCGCGCAUGGCUGGUCGUCGGCAUGUUCUGGUACGGCCUGACGCGGGUCGUGCAGACCGGCCUCCUCAUCUGGCUGCUGGCCACUGCCGACCCGCGUCUGCAGCCGACUGCGCCCUUUGUCAUAUUCGUCAUCGUGGCCGCUGCCCUGACGGGCGUGCAAGCGUACACCUUCAAGAUCUAUGGGGUGAGCUGGAGGAUGCAGGGGCCGGGCCAGGCGCCGGAAUCGCAGCAGCUGCGUGGCCGCGUCGGUUGGGAGCGCACGCAGCAGCCUGGGGGAUUCCGCAGGGCAGCCAGCAGGCAGGGUAUGUACAAGCGCGCACCCCGCCGCGCAGCGGAGGCGCGGGCGGCGCUCUCACGCGCCCGGGAGGUCAAUGGCUGCGCGGACGCCGCUGUCGCUAUCAAGGAUGUCUCGAGCGCCGGAGGGAUUAAUUCACUGCCGGCGGGGGCUGGCCUGGCAUAA